AUGGCGCGACGUCGCGCACGUAACGAGAAGCCCGCUGAGGUAGUGGAAGAAGAAGAGGUUGUGGAACAGGACGAGGAGGAAGAACCAGAACAACAAGAGCAGCCCGAGGAGCGCAAUCAACCAUCGGAAAAUGAAGAGGAAGGCGAGCAACGCAGCCUGGCGUUCGACGAGGAGCUUUCCUGGAGACCCGCCAAACCAAUUCCUACUGGCACCUUGAUAAAGCGACUCGACAAAUUGUCCAAGGAGCUAUCAGAGCUUGACCAGGGCGCUACCGAUCUCGACUCUCUCGCAACUGUUGCCAAGCAGUUAGGGCAUCGCAACUUGCUCCAGCACAAGGACCGUGGAGUCAAGGCAUACACAGCAUGCUGUCUAGUCGACAUUCUGCGUCUCUGCGUCCCUGAUGCACCCUUUUCUGAUGAUCAACUUAAAAUGAUGUUUACUCUGUUCAUUAAAGAUAUCUUACCCGCUCUUCAUAACCCCACGAACCCAUAUGACAGCCAGCACAAAUACGUUCUUACAUCUCUAACAGAAGUCAAGAGUAUCCUGCUUCUUCAUGAAAUAUCUGGGGCCGAUGAACUCCUUGUGCGACUAUUCAACAACACGUUUGACGGCGUAGAGACAUCUGGCUCUAAAGCAGCCACUGAGGAGCAGGUCGCUAAAGAUGUCGAGCUUCAUCUGACAGAGAUGUUGAUGCAAUUGAUUGACGAAUCCGGCGGCGUAUCGCCACAGGUUGUCGACGCCAUCAUCAGCCAGUUCUUGAGGGCCGCUCCUCCGGGGGGCAGUCGCAACAAGGGACAGAAUGGAAACCAGUCCACACUUCUUCUCAAGGCUGAGCCUCCAGCCUACGUUAUGGCAAAGAAUAUUUGUAACGGUUGUUCUGACAAGAUGGCACGUUACGUGAGCCAGUACUUCAGCGACGUCAUCUUCAAUGCCUCAGGGUUUGCAACCAAAGCCAAUGGUCAUCGACAAACCGAUGAUUCUGACGAUGAAGACGCCACUGCAGGCCCGUCUGACGCAGACCUAAAGAGUCUCCGCCAAGCCCAUUUGCUCAUUCGCGAGUUAUGGCGAGCUGCGCCUGCGGUUCUUCUCAACGUGAUUCCGCAGGUCGAGGCCGAACUUUCUGCCGAUAAUGUCCACCUGCGCCAGAUUGCUACAGAGACGAUCGGUGACAUGAUUUCAGGCAUUGGUGCAGCAGGACCUCCACCUCGCCCUUCUCUCGACCCGUUGGCAUAUCCUCCGUUAAAAUUGCUAGAUGAGGUUCCUGCUCCGGCUGUCGAAAAUGUCUUGACAAAGCCUUAUUCGCCCCAGUCUUUUGCCCAAACACACCACGCUGCCUACCGCAACUUUGUUGGAAGGAGAAACGACAAAACAGGCAUCAUCCGUACCGCUUGGGUCACAGCUGCCGGUUACAUAUUAGCUACAUCUGCAGGAGGUAUUGGACUGAGCCGUGAGGAAGAGAACGAGCUCAUCAAGGCCCUCGGCGACAAAUUGAACGAUAGCGAAGAGAAGGUCCGACUAGCUGCAGUGCAAGCCAUUGAGCUGUUCGAUUUUCGCGAUAUCGUUCUAAAACUGGGAGCGCUGGGCGGUGUCGACAAGCCCGGUUCAAUAUUCGCCAGCUUGGCAGAUCGAAGUCGCGAUCGAAAGCCUGCUGUGCGCGUUGACGCCAUGGUUCUCUUGGGCAAGCUUUGGGCGGUCGGUGCCGGCGAGAUUGCCGAUGAGCAAGAAGCUGUUACAUCUUGUCUCGGUGGUAUACCCUCCAUUAUCAUCAACGCAUUUUACGUCAACGAUUCGGACCUCAAUGUUCUUCUAGACCGUGUCAUGUUCGAGUGCCUGGUUCCUUUGAAGUACCCAGCCAUCAAAGGUGCCAAGUCAAAGUCCACAUCUCAGUCCCAGAGUGCCACCAACCAGGCGGAGCAGGAUAAGAUUCGUUCAGAGAGGAUCCUGUUGAUGCUGAAGUCUCUCGAUCCUUCAGCCAAAACAGCCUUUUUCAAUAUGCAGGCUCGUCAACCACAAGUCGCCAAGGGCGUAGAGAUCUUUCUUCAACAUUGUGAGGCCUACAACGGCGGCGUCAUUGAUUCAAACGAGGAGAAAAUCAAGGCUGCCUUGGGCAGGAAUUUCCAGUGGUUCGGCACAUUCUUCCCUGAUCCUCUCAAGGUCCGCAGCGAUCUGCAGAAGUUUGCGAGGAUCAAUGAUCGCCGCUGGUACCAGCUCAUCAGGUACUGUAUAAAUACCGAAACCGAGUAUAUGAACGUCAGAAGAGCAAUUCACGAGCUAGUGACUAAGAUCCAGGCAAAACCUGAAGCCGCAGUCUGCCUAGACACGCUGGUUCCUCUCCUAUACCGCUCCAGCUCUUUGAUGUACAAUCGAAGCCACCUUGCUACUAUCAUGGAUUAUUCGAAGAAUGAAAAGGCAGGGUUCUCGACUGUCGCCCACGAGGUUUUGAAUGAUAUCUCACAACGAAACCCUGAUCUUUUCAAGGCUCACUCGGAAAACUUACGAAAGGAGAUCAUCACUCAAACGCCGUCAGAGAGCCAACCUAAUGAACCAGGUGUGGUGGAUAUUCUAAAGGCUUACUCGUCCUACGCAAAGAGGUACCCCGACGAUGUUACUUACGACAAGAAGUUUGUUCAAGUUCUCAUGAAUUAUGCCUUGUAUGGGACUCCUGCCCGGGGUGCCAAGUAUGCCAUCAAGAUUUUGCUAGCCAAGAACGACGACAAAAGCAAGGUUACCGCGACUACUCUUCUCCAGAAGGUCAUGAAGGACCUGAAGUAUGGCUCGCCGCACUUUUUGACGAGGCUGGCCGCAGUCAGCCAACUGGAGCGUAUGACACCAACUGUCACUAUCGACUUUGACGAAAAGAUCAACGAUUUAAUGAUCAAGCAAAUCUUACGCCAAGUUCGGACCGAUGAGGAGAAGACUGAGGUUUCAUGGGUCGAGGAUGAUGGCAUGAAUGAAGAGCUGCAGGCAAAAUGCCUCUCGAUGAGAACCUUGGUCAAUCAAGCACUCGCGAACCAGGACGAUGAGGAUGCUUUGGUUCGAGUGAAGCUUGUCUUCAAACUGUUGAAAGACUUCGUGGUCGCGGAAGGAGAGUUCUGCAAAGUCAAGGAUACUCCGUUAGCCCACAAGAAGCGUCUCAGACUUCUUGCUGGACUCAUGAUCCUGAAGUUGUGUACUGUCAAAAAGUAUGAUGACGAGUUUGACCCCGCUAGUUUCAACAAACUCGCGGAGCUCAUUCAGGAUACUGAGCUUCAAGUCCGUCGAUUUUUUAUGGAGAAGCUGCAAAGCUACAUCACCCAAGGAAGACUACGAGCAAGGUUCUACACGAUGCUCUUCUUGGCUGCAUUUGAACCAGCUGCAGAGCUCAAGGCCCGCGUAGAAACGUGGCUGAAGUCCCGAGCCCGACUAUUUGCUGAGAACAAAACGCGAGUACUGGAGGCCAUGAUAAGUCGUUUCAUUCCUCUCCUGGCCCACCAUCCUGACUAUAGCUCUGACGUUGAUGACCUGGCCGAUUUUGCCAACUACUUCAUAUUCUACUUGAACACAUGCGCAUCGGAGGACAAUAUCUCGCUGAUCUAUAAAUACGCCGAGCGUGUCAAGCAAACGCGCGACGCACUGAAUCCCGAGGCGAGCGAAAGGCUAUAUGUGCUGGCCGAUAUUGCAAUGGCAGUUACACGCAAGUGGCAAGAGAAGAGGAACUGGGUCUUUCAGGCUUAUCCAGGCAAGGUUGGUCUGCCAAACGGCAUCGUUCAGACUCUGCCAUCCAGCGAGGCAGCACAUGAGAUUGCGCAGAAGCAAUACAUGCCGGAAGAAUUAGAUGAGAAGCUAGAUGACCUGCUAAGAGCUCUCGAUCGCAAGAAGAAGCGAAAGUCAAUGGGCGAAAAGCAGGACCCGCCAUCAAAGAGAGCGAGAACUCAAAUCAAAACGGUGAUCAGAGAGAAGCGAGAGCCCAAGACGCCCAGGGCAAAGAAAGUCUCAAAAUCGAAAAAGCCCAGGCCAGCCAAGGAUUCUCCGCCACCUUCAGAGCGUCGUCGUAGUGGUCGAGCUCACAAGGUAUCUAUCUACACUGAACGGGAAGACGAAGAGGAUGAGGAGGAAAUGCUGGAGGGUGUUGCUGAGUGGGACUACGGUGAUGACAAUGACAGUGAGUCUGGCUCAGGUGGUGAGGAGUCAGAGCUGUCGGAUGCCCCUGAGGCUGAGCAAGCCGCCGACAACGACAACAAAUCCGACGAUGAAGAGCCCCCAGCGACGGAAGAAGAUGAGCCUGAACAGCCCAAAUCCAAUGGACGUGGUUCUGCGGCUACACCAAAGAGCAAAGCUGCCGCCAAGCCAGCUGCCAAAGCCAAUGUUGCCACUGAGUCAAAGCGGCCAACAAGGGCAACAAGAUCGCGACGGGACAAGCGCGCAGAGGAUAUGGACGUUGACGCCGAGGAGUAA